AUGAUGCAAAAACGACCGUUUACGGUAAUGUUACGCGUGUUUACGGUGGUCCAUUUUGAUCGACAUGGAAAAUGGGGAAAUUACUUGUUUCAAAUCAACAAAGUCCUCAAUGAUGCGCUUAAAAACGUAUCUGAUGAUGAUAAGGACGACGGCGAUGAUGAACAUGAGCAUUUAACUAGUGAUAAUCGCACGCUGUCUCAUGUUAGAACUGCAGAUCGAUUUGUAUCUUCGCCGUUCGUUUACCCAUCAUUUGAAAAAAAUGUUGCAACAGCGGGCUCAUUUCAAUUUCCUAAUAAUGAAAAUGUUUCGAUUAAAACUCAAAUAAAAGAAUUUACUUUGCAAUGGGCUGCAGGAGCUGUACCAGACAAUGAAUAUUUUCCUACAAUGAAACAUUUGUUAGUGUUGGCUGAAGCCGAUAAAUGA